AAUAAAAACUAUGGUUUUGAGUAAAAUACGAAUCCAAGCUUGUGGUCCCAAAUAAAUGGGAUAAUUCUAGGCUAGAUUUGUAUAUAUCAAUUGGGGAAUUAAUGAAACCCCCACAUAAAAUCAUUUUUUCAAAACUCAUCUUUGCUACCACCUUUACUACUUGUUGUAAUCAUAUCUAUCUAUUUUUUUAGGAAUUAUAUACAAGAUAUAUGUGAUAAUUGAUUAUUUCGUAUGCUUUGAUAAUUUUUGUCAUGCUAAUUAGAUAACAAGCAUGCUAGGAUUUAUUUAUUUUAUUAUUUAUUAUCUAACCCCUCAUGUCUUGUGGAAGCACGUUACAAGUUACCUAUGCUAUUCAGGUAUGUUUCUUACCUUCAUAUUUUAAUUCCAUAAAUUAUGUAUUGCUUUAUACAUGAUCAUUAUGUAUUGCUUCAUAUGCGAUUCUCAACCUAUUCAACAUAUCUCUUUGAUUGUUUGUUUAGCUUGCCAAGUUUGAUUAAGAGAUUAGGGUAAAAUACAUGUUGUGUGUCUUAUUUUCCAAACUAACCAUUGAUGCCUUGUAAUAGCACUUAAGAAGCAGUUCAGGUACACACCCUAAAUCUUCUUUAUGAUUUGUGAUUGGUUUUAUUGUUUGGCAUGCUAUUUUUUAAAAUCACCUAGCCUACCUAGGUAUCUAAAAUCAACCAAUUAAUUGUCUUAUUUCCCUCAACUUAGUCAGUAGAGACCUUUGUAGGGCUUAGAGGGGUGCUACCUUUUACAGGUACCUUUCCAAUAGGUAACCUGAUCCUCGGACCUAGAGUUGGAUUUUUCAAAGACACGUUUUUCCAAAAACUAUGAGGUCACCUCUUUAGGGUUUUCUUUCUUGUUUUAUUUUCCCUUUUAAAAUAAAAUAAAAUAAGUGGCGACUCCAACUUUUCCAAAACUAAUUUUUCACCAUAUAAAAGCGAGUCUCGCCGACGAGUGGGGAUGCAUGUGAAAAAUGUAGGUCCAUAGUGAUGCCUAAAACAAAUGGGGUUAUUGUGUUUAUCAAUGAAAAAUGGGAGUAUAUACCAACUAGAUUGACCAUUGGUUGGAGAGUUUGUAUAUACCAAAGGAAGUUUAAUGCUGCAAGAACCAAAGACCAAUUUCCCCUAUCAUUCUUGGAUGAUAUGCAUACAUAGUCACCAGCAAUAAGAAUAUAAAUGUAUCCAAAACAACUAGGAAAUGCACAUAUGGACUCAAUAUUCCAACGUUCAAAGACUUCAACUAUAAGGGUAUUAUUAAGAGGUAUAGCCCUACCAUUGUUACAUGAAUUCAUACCAUUGAAAACCCAAUAGCAACUCGUAACCAAAGAGACAAACAUAGAGUUACUUUUUUUUAAAAUGUGGUAUCAAAUUUUAUAGUUUUUCAAAAUGAAGACCAAUGUCUUUGAAGAUAUGCCAAGUUGGUAUUAAUUACUUAAUAUCAAUGAAGACAACUCAAAUGGAACCAUGCUCAUAACUUCCCCUUCAACACAAAAAUUCCAAAGAAAUCCCAAUCUAAGAUGGGAAGGUGGUACUUGGCUUCUCCACAUCUAGAAUGUCUGAAAUUGUUAUGAUGGCAUUCAACAACAAUUGUAGCUCCAGAGAAUUGAAGGGGAGCAUGCUCUUUCACAAAAAAUAAGUUACUUGGCCAUAGAGUGCAUACGAGUUGACAUAUGAUUCUGGUAAUAGUUACUGCACUAUACUACAGAACUAAACAUAUAUAGGUAAGCACCCUUUUUACAUGGAAGAAUUGGUCUCUGUAUUUGGGAUCGAGGAAACCAUGACUUGAAUGCAGGGGCACAAACCAUAUAAAUCAUAACAGGUUCUAGUUUUAUCCUGUAGAGAAACUCAUUCCAAAUUCUUUGUUUUGGUUGUUACAUUAAUCUCUUGUUAAAAACGGAUUUAACAAAGUCUAUGGGAAUAAUUAAUUUUACAGGGGAAAGUCAUCAUGGAUACAGCCAUCCAAAAACUAACAAAUUCCAAUAAACAACAAUAGCAACACCACAAAUCCAAGAACAAAUAAAUACAACAAGAGAUAUAUAAACAUGAGAGGAAAACGACGAGAGAAAAUAAUAUAUGUAAUGUUUGACAUAGAAAACUCGAUCACCAUUGAAACAGCCAUGCAAAAAAGCUCACAAAUACUAACAAACAACUAGUGUAGCCAGUACAAACAAGGGGAUACAAUCAAAGAGAGCAGUUGUAUAUGAGAAAGAGAGAUGAUAACUGUUUGAAUUGUUGGAAGAGAUUUGCAUGUGAAGGCGCAGGUUCAGAAUGUAACGAGUAUUGUUUCAUAUGGAAUGGGGCGAUGAUCACAAGCCAUGUCACAUCUGAAAUGCUGGGGUAAAACCAAUACUAAUGAAAAAUCCCUAUAAAUGACAUGAGAUAUAAUGUUCAUCAGUCACCAACCUCUCCUAACAGCUAUAGGCUCCAAUUUGGACUCCCAAAAUGGCUAAGCAAGAGCUUCUCCCCCUUCUCUACCUUACAUUGCUCGCAGCUUUUGUGUUGAACUGCCAUUCCGAUGAAAGAAAGGUAUAAUCUCUUCCAUUUUGCUUACUUCAUAGCAAAACUUAGGUUCCAUGAGAUUGCACUUUUUGAAUAGAACCAUUUGCUAUAUAUAUUCAGAGUGGCAUUUCAUGGAGUAUUGAGUGACCCACUUAGCCUUCAUCAAUCUCCUAUACCUAAUAUUGAUGAGUGCAUGGCUCACAGCUAACAAACUAAUGGGGUUUCUCAGCAAGCUUAGUUUAACAUGCAGGUCCAUAUCGUUUAUAUGGGAGAGAAGCCUCAUGGAGCUGUUUCAAUGGUAUCUAUGCAUCAUUCCAUGCUAGCAAGUGUCCUUGGAAGUACUGCAUCUGCAAAAGAGUCGCUAAUUUACAGCUAUGGAAGAAGUUUUAAUGGGUUUGCAGCUAAACUUUCAGAUGAAGAGGUUACAAGAUUUGCAGAUAUGGACGGAGUGGUUUCAGUUCUUCCAAACAGCAUGCUAGAGCUUCACACAACAAGAUCAUGGGACUUCAUGGGAUUUACUCAAUCCCAUGUUAGAGAUUCCCAAGGAGGAGAUGUGAUUAUUGGGCUGCUAGAUACAGGAAUUUACAAUGUGAAUAAAAGUCUGACGGAAUUGUCGAAAUACCACAGCAAGAUCAUUGGAGCUCGCUACUACAAUAGCUAUAAUGAGUAUUAUGAUGGAGACAUCAAAUCUCCAAGGGACUCAGAGGGACAUGGGACUCACACAGCUUCAACAGCUGCGGGCCGAGAGGUGGCAAGCGCAAGCUUCUACGGCUUAGCUCAAGGACUUGCCAGAGGUGGAUACCCCAAUGCAAGAAUUGCUGUGUACAAGGUUUGUUGGGUAAGAGGAUGUGCUGCUGCAGAUAUACUCGCUGCGUUUGAUGAUGCCAUCGCAGAUGGGGUCGAUAUCAUAUCAGUUUCCCUUGGAUUCACCUUCCCUGAACCUUAUUUUGAAGACGUCAUAGCAAUUGGAUCUUUCCAUGCAAUGGGACAAGGGAUAUUAACCUCAACUUCUGCAGGAAACGAUGGUCCAUGGUUGGGUUGGGUCAGUAAUUACUCGCCUUGGUCGCUGACUGUAGCUGCCAGCAGCAUUGAUAGGAAAUUUGUUUCCAAAUUGGUUCUUGGCAAUGGACAGAUCUUCUCGGGAAUUGUCAUCAAUAACUUGGAGCUCAAUGGAACAUAUCCUUUAAUCUGGGGAGGAGAUGCAGCAAAUGUUUCUGCCCAAGAAACCCCUUUAAGUUCAGCAGACUGCCUUCCUGGGGACCUAGAUUCACGCAAAGUCAAGGGAAAGAUUGUUCUCUGCGAGUUCCUUUGGGAUGGAUCUGGUGUUAUCAUGGCAGGAGGAGUGGGAAUCAUAAUGCCCGCCUGGUAUUUCAAUGACUUUGCCUUCACUUUUCCCUUGCCAGCAACACUCCUCCGCAGACAAGAUAUGGACAAAGUAUUGCAGUAUGCUAGAUUUUCCAAGAACCCAAUGGCAACAAUUUUGGUUGGUGAGACUAGGAAGGAUGUAAUGGCUCCCAUUGUUGCCUCCUUUUCAUCCAGAGGCCCCAAUCCCAUUUCUCCUGAUAUUCUCAAGCCUGAUCUGACUGCACCUGGUGUUGAUAUCCUCGCGGCCUGGUCACCCAUUGUAUCUCCAUCAGAAUACGAGCGUGAUACCAGGACCGCCCAAUACAACAUAAUCUCCGGCACAUCCAUGUCUUGUCCACAUGCCAGUGGAGCAGCAGCUUAUGUGAAGUCCAUCCACCCAAGCUGGUCUCCUGCUGCCAUUAAAUCUGCACUCAUGACCACAGCUUAUGUGAUGGACACAAGGAAGAACGAGGACAAAGAGUUUGCUUACGGUUCUGGCCAUAUCAACCCGGUGAAGGCGGUGGAUCCUGGCCUAAUCUACAACACAUCUAAGCCAGAUUACAUCAACUUCCUAUGCAAGCAGGGUUACAACACCAGCACAUUAAGACUCAUCACGGGUGAUGACAGUGUUUGUAAUAGCACUAAACCUGGGAGGGCAUGGGAUCUGAACUAUCCCUCAUUCUCACUGGCCAUAGAAGAUGGGCUAGAUAUCAUGGGCAUUUUCAGUAGGACAGUUACAAAUGUAGGAUCGCCAAACUCAACCUACCAUGCUAGCGUCUACAUGCCCAAUUCUAUUGAGAUUGAGGUGGAGCCUCCUGUUCUUUCAUUCUCAGCAAUUGGAGAGAAGAAAUCCUUUACAGUGAGGGUGUAUGGACCACAGAUAAAUAUGCAACCAAUCAUAUCAGGUGCUAUCCUCUGGAAAGAUGGUGUCCAUGUGGUGAGGGCUCCGCUCGCGGUUUACACAGUCCUCCCAUCAGUAACUUCCUCAUAUGGAAAUCCCUCCAAGCAAACAAAGAGAUCAAACCUGAAAGCUUCUAGCCCCAUGAAGAAAUCAGACCUGAAAGGCUCCUAUAUAUUACAAAAAUGGGAUUUUUUAGGUGGAACUGCCAAACUGAUCACCUCCACGAUCCAUCAAAAAUAACACUCGUGUAAUCCCAGUCAAGUUUUCAUCCAAAUGUAUGUCUUC